CCAGCCCAGCCCAACAUCGAAGUGAAGGACGAAAGUACAACUCUAGGACUCUUUGGGAGGGAGCAAGAGCCAAGAAGUAGUAGUACUACCACAACUGUACUUCCCUCUCAAAUCUCAAUUCCAUUUUCUUCUUCAAACUUGGAGAUUUCUGCUGCCGGUUGGAAACAACAGAAAGAAAAAGCAAAGGAACAGGAUAACGUUAGACAUGGUAGUAGCAUCCUCUGCCUCUACCUGGCCAACGUGCGCCCUUCUUCCUCGCCAAGGGCUUCGUGGAAUUCCGGGAACACCUCGUACCCUCCGAUGGACAAACAAAGAGCGACGUUGUAAGAGGAAAAGUGGGCCGGCAAUUACUGCAAAAUUUGAUCUCAAGCCUCCUCCAUAUCCACUGAAUGCUUUGGAGCCACAUAUGAGCAAGGAGACCCUGGAGUAUCAUUGGGGGAAGCACCACAGGGGCUAUGUGGAGAAUCUAAACAAUCAAAUUGUAGGAACAGAGCUAGACGGGAUGUCAUUGGAAGAUGUCAUAGUUAUUUCAUAUAAUAAAGGUGAUAUUCUUCCAACUUUCAACAAUGCAGCACAGAUUUGGAACCAUGACUUCUUUUGGGAGUCCAUGAAGCCAGGCGGUGGAAGAAAGCCAGUUGGGGAUCUUCUAGAACUGAUUGAAAGGGAUUUUGGGUCUUUUGAAAAAUUUGUGCAAGAGUUCAAGUCAGCUGCAGCUACACAGUUUGGUUCGGGUUGGGCCUGGCUUGCAUAUAAAGCAAAUAGACUAGAUGUUGGAAAUGCAGUAAAUCCUCGUCCAUCAGAGGAGGACAACAAGCUUGUGAUAGUGAAGACUCCCAAUGCUGUUAAUCCACUUGUCUUGGACUAUUCUCCACUCCUUACCAUCGAUGUUUGGGAGCAUGCUUACUACCUUGACUUUCAGAACCGUCGACCUGAUUACAUAUCACUCUUCAUGGAGAAGCUUGUAUCAUGGGAAGCAGUCAGUUCUAGACUUGAAAUCGCAAAGGCCCGAGCUUCUGAAAGAGAGCAAGAGGAAGAAAGGAAGAAAAGAGACCAAGAGGAGAAAAAGGCAGAGAAGGAAUCUGUUGAGAUGUAUGUUGACAGUGUUACUGAUGAUUCGGAGGCUGAAUGAAUUCAGUUUGUUUUGCAGCGACAGUCAAAUUGAGAAAUAUCUUUUGGUUGGUUCUCUUAUUUUUCAUUUAAAUGUGAGAUAGAGGUCAGUUUGAGCAGGUACACCAUUAGUAUAUGAUUAUAUCUUAUACUAAUAAGUUGGUUUAAUAGGUCGAUAAGUGAAAUGCUCGGUCGGCAAUCUUUUGCACAAUAAUUAGAAUAGAACAACAUUUUUCUUCAUCACA